AUACGGUCGGCCUAGGCUAGGCUACAUUCUUGGCACUUAGUAAGAGAAAAUUCAUCGCUGCUGCGGAAUAAAGACAAAUCUACCGGCAUUUUAUUAGCCCCAUUCUAAAGAAAUAAAAUGUCUUCUUUAUCAGUUCUUGACUUUUCUGAUAACUUAUUAGAGAAAACAGUAUAUUUCAAAAUAAUCAAACUUGAAGAAAGUUUUUUUAUAUGGGUUGGUGCAAAUCCAAUUUUAUCAAACAUGGCUGUUGCGAUGCCGGCAAAAUAUGGAAACAUACCCUCCGGCAGUGUCCUGUUUGGUGGCAAGUCGGAGCACACAUCUUCGGCUUUGGCGCAGAAACUUGCUAAAAAAUACAACAGCCAAGUGUUCAUAAGCUGCAGCAUCCCAUUCGAGCCGACCCUGUCACUGGCAGUAGAGAGACGACUGGUCCAAGAACUGAAUAAGUCCAUUAGUACUUAGAUCUUUGUUGUCUUUUUCAUAUGUAUAUAUCUGUUUAAUAAAGGACAAAUGAUAGAAUUCACUG